CCCCACUACAAAAUUCAGUCGCACUCUAGACAUUGGUGAAGAUAGACGUGUCCUACCGACUAGAGUCCAACGCAACAAAUCGCAGUGAACAUUUCGUCAUAACAUUGUGAUAGUGACAAAGUUAUUUGGGACGUGACAAGUGGGAGUGAUUAACAUUAAAUUUAAUAAAUAAACAAUAAUUGGAGACGUUUCUGUGUUUUGACGUUUUUAGUGAAGCUAUGCAAUUGUUCCCUCUUUUUGGAUAAUUCCGGAAAAAGGACUUCAAAAUUACCGCAAAUACUUAUAAUCGUUUUGAAGAUUCGUGCGGACCAAAUCUUGUCCGCCGAAACAUGGUUGCUGAGUUCAUCUUGAGUCAGCAACAGCUGCUUAACGGCGCUGCUGCCAACCUGGGUCCAGCCCCCACAGCAGCGCGAGUGCCACCACCGCCUCGCGCUCGUCUCUCCGUGUCUCCACACUUCCAGAUGGAUCAAUCACCAUCACCCAACGGCAUGUCUGGAGACCCCAGCGAAUACGGAUCUUCCUUUGAUUUCUCCAAGAGGAAAGAUUUUUUCGGUCAACGUAAACAACGCGAGUUUAUCCCUGAUAACAAAAAGGAUGAUGGUUACUGGGAUCGCAGGAGGCGUAACAAUGAGGCUGCCAAGCGUUCCCGGGAAAAACGCCGUUUCAAUGACAUGGUAUUGGAACAACGUGUUGUAGAACUGUCGAAGGAGAACCAUGUUCUAAAAGCUCAGCUGGAUGCCAUUAAAGAGAAGUAUGGAAUAUGCGGUGAGGCACUAAUCAGUAUUGACCAAGUGCUAGCCACCCUCCCGACCUGCGACCAAGUACUGUGCGUGACGAAAAGGAGCAAACUGUCGGGCAACGGUAUAUUCCCAGCCCCACCACCGCCACCGCAGGGUCCGCCUGCAUCACCACCUUCUCCACCACCACAACGUGCGCCAGAACCUUACCAGGAAAGACUUCCAGCUCCUGAAGCUUAUUAUCCCCAUCCGGCACACUAUGAGCCACCCGGUUCCGUUCUCAAUCUCUCAAGAUCUCGCCGCGCUCCAUCUCCCUACGAGCUAUCCUCACUAUCAGGCUCAGGAGAUGAGACAGCCGAACAGUAUGCCCCUGAAAAUAAUUGCUUACCUCUUAAACUUCGGCACAAAUCCCACCUCGGCGAUAAAGACGUCGCGAGCGCUCUGCUUUCACUACAACACAUUAAGCAAGAACCCGGCCCACGUUCCUCACCCUCAUGGGACGGCGAAGGCUCAAGCGACGAGAGGGAUUCUGGGAUCUCACUAGGAAAUGAGUACAGGCCGCAACGACCUGAUGAGCAGAGGCUAGCGGAAGAAGAAGACGCGCACCUGAAGGCUGAACUGGCACGGCUUGCUACAGAAGUGGCAACGCUAAAGAAUAUGAUGCACCAAAACAAGCAACGUACCCUGGAGCAUUAAGCGGCACCAGAAUACCGCAUCGCGUUCCGGACCAGGCGAUCAAUUGUCGAUAUAUUCGUACAAACUGUCUCAACCUCCCCUCCCUAGAAGUCGAAGUUACCACUUUGUAAAGAGAUGAGAAUAUAUUUGUAUGUUUGUGCAGCUGUACGCGGCUAAGUCGCAACGCCUAAACAUUAUCCUUCCUAAAUAUGGUAGUAGUCGGUGUUAGAUAUAAGCUAGAGAUAGUCUCAAGAAAAGAGCUUUUGCUUGAGACUAAUCGGUUUACGGACUUUUCGAGCAGAUAAAACGACUCUACUCACAAUUAUUCUAGAAUUUAAAAAAAUGCAUUUUUAGUGGUGAGCUAUGUUUAUGUAUAAAUAAGAGAAGUGGAUCUGUUUCAUCUAUUCGAAGACUCUUUCUAUAAAAUCGAUCUUUAAAGACUAUAUAUGCUAAGUUAGGUAAGUUAAUGUAAGUCCAUUAGUUAUUUAUGAUUAAUGUAUAGAUAUCUCAUUCGGAAUGUCCGUAAGUUCCAAACCAAAAAGAUUAUAAUCCUCUGGUAAUCACUCUAAGACUUCGUUACGAUAUUCUUUAUGAAAGUAUCUAUGAUCAAUCUAUUAGUACCAGUGCCUUUGACAAAACAUACCUACCUGUAAAAUAACUAAAGAUAUUUUUGUACAUUUGCUAAAAAAAAAUAAUUUUGUAUACAGUAUACCGGGCCAUUAUCGCAUUGACAAGGUGCGAUUUGAUCGCAGUUCCAAUAUCGUUCGAAGCGCUGAGCGUUUUUUUUUAAAUCGAUGUUGUCGUGUUUUGUGUGAUGGUUCAGUACUAUUAUUGUAUUACUCCUGUUGCCCAAAGGGCUGUGAUACGACUGAGAGGAGUUAAGUAUUUAUUUAUUUGGACCGCGACAGAGGAUUUUACAAUUUAUUGUCUUUGUAUAAGUCUAUACGAUAUGAAUAAAUUGUGUACAUUAAAAUAUA